GGGCGCACGCGAGCCAAGAACCAGACCAGGUUCUGUCCACGCAGCGGCCGGCGGCAAGCAGUGGCGCUCUCGCGCAGCAAGCAGGCAGAGCAGCUGGCAAACACGUCGGCGGGGCACAGCCGGGGGCGUGCGGCCUUGCCCACUCGCAAUACAAGCUGCGAAAUCAAGAUUCAUUUUUGCAGCGGUGAAUUCUUUGGAAACAUCUUAGGGUGCCGUGCAGUUAGGAAGCUGGAAGGAGGAGACGAAACAACAAACUCACAGCAGGUGCCAGCUAGGUGUUCGACAAAAUUUCUGCAAAGACAAACGAUAAAUUCCAAGCACACGAGAUGGACUCAUUGCUUCUGAGGUUGCUUGAAGAUGACUCGUCAUCGGAUGAGGACUACGAUGUGGCGGCUAUUAUGCUCGCUGAUCUUGCAAAGAAUGAGCAGCCCAACCAUGGUGGUUCUGUGCAAGGUCAUAAGGUGGUUCGUCGGAACAAGCAGAAAGGAGAUGCAAAACUCUUUGAUGACUACUUUGCAGAAGAACCUGUGUUUGGUCCGGUCACAUUCAGACGGCGGUUUAGAAUGUCAAAGAAGUUGUUCUUGCGCAUUGCAGGUGCUGUAGAAGCACAUUGUCCAUAUUUUCAGCAGAGGAGGAAUGCAGCCGGGGACCUUGGCCACAGUGCUUUGAAGAAGAUCACUGCAGCAUUGCGCAUGCUUGCUUAUGGGGUUCCUGCUGAUUCUCUUGAUGAGGCGCUUUACAUCGCAGAGAGCACCAUAAUUGAAAGCCUAAGGGAGUUUGUCAAAGCUGUGGUUGAGGUUUUUGGGGAGCAAUACCUGCGAGCACCAAAUGAGGAGGACACAUCAAGACUUAUGCAAAUGGGUGCAACUAGAGGCUUCCCUGGGAUGCUUGGAUGCAUAGAUUGCAUGCACUGGCAGUGGAAGAAUUGUCCAACAGCAUGGCAUGGGCAAUUCACCGGGCAUUUCCAUGAUCCUACAAUCAUUUUGGAAGCAGUCGCAUCACGUGAUCUGUGGAUUUGGCAUGCAUACUUUGGGAUGCCUGGUUCUCACAAUGACAUCAAUGUCCUACACAGAUCUCCUCUGUUUGCAAGGCUUGCUGCUGGGAAGGCUCCACCUGUGAACUUUCAAGUCAAUGGCCAUGAUUACACUAUGGGCUACUAUCUCGCAGAUGGCAUUUAUCCCUCAUGGUCCACCUUUGUCAAGACAGUUAGAAACCCAAGCAGUAACAAGACAGCACACUUUGCAAAGGUUCAAGAAGCUGAGAGGAAGAAUGUUGAGAGAGCUUUUGGGGUGUUGCAGUCUCGGUUUGCAAUUGUCCGAGGCCCUGCUCGAUUUUGGGACCAGACAACCUUGUGGCAUAUCAUGACAGCAUGUGUCAUCAUGCACAACAUGAUAAUAGAGGAUGAAAGGGAUCAACCUGAAGAUUUUGUGUAUGAUCAUGUGGGAACACCUGUGGAACCCGAACAAGAUGAAGACCGAAUCUACAAUUUUCUAGAAAUGCAUCGAAAGAUCGAAGACCCCGUGGCACAUAGCCAGCUUCGUGAUGACCUUGUUGAGCAUUUGUGGCAACUACAUGGGCAAUGAAAAUUAC